GAGCUCAAUAAGCUCAAAGCGGUCCGGAUUCGGUAUCCAACAUAUUUCCUCGUCCGCCCCUUAGGGCCUCGGAUUCUCUCGAAUGGCCAUUUCAUUCUGUACCAGUCUUCAUACAAAGGGCUUAACUCCUCUUCCAGGACCUGGACCAAGACAAUGCAAAUACACGGGUCAAUCAGUGAGAGCUCUUCCAAUUCGGAUAUUAACGGUAGGGAAAAAGCGUUCCCGUGGAGCACAACUCGUAGUCGAUGAAUAUAUUGCGAAACUUAAGCACUAUUGCAGUGUUGAUGAUGUUCAGAUACGGUCCAAUCCAAGAAAUGCGCAUGAUUUGAGGGCUCAGGUUGACGAUGAAGACUCGGCUAUCAUGAACCUUAUCAGGCCUGACGAUUGGGUUGUGAUGCUGGAUGAAAAUGGACAAGACAUUGGGUCUGAGCAGAUGGCAGAGCUAGUUGGCGAUGCGGGGAAUACAGGUGCUUCUAGAUUAUCGUUUUGUAUAGGUGGACCUUAUGGCCAUGGACAACAAUUGCGUGAGCGAGCUAACUUAUCAAUCAGGUUGUCUACAUUGGUCUUAAAUCAUCAGAUUGCAUUGCUUGUGUUAAUGGAGCAGCUAUAUCGGUCAUGGACUAUUCUGAAAGGACAGAAAUACCAUCAUUAGCUAUUCUUUCACGUGAUCUAAAUCAUUAGUGACAGAGUAUCUAAUGUGGUGUGGGGUCUGAGCCGAGGAUGGUUGUGGAUUUUGGACGCAUUCAGUUGCUCAUGAAGAUUAGAUGUCAGGCGCUGCAUCUGAUCAGUUGCCCCCUUCAGCCUGGUGCAAAUGCUGUAAAUGCUUGCUAUGAGAUUACUGAAAACUGUCACUGGGCGUGUUGUCCUAUACUUCAUAUUUUUGGGCAAGGCUAUGCCAUAGACAUAACUCAAUUUUUGUAUUCCUUAAUUAGUUUGACUCAUGGGUUGUAGAAAAAUUAAAACCUUCAUAAUCUUUUGAAAAUGAGGUUUUGCCUGAUGAAUCAGAUUGAGAACGACAAUUAAAAUGUU